CACUGUGUAGUUCGCAAACAGUGUCGUAGUAUAGGAAGGUAGGAAGUUGUUCGGUUGCGCGGGCAGACGUUGGAUCGUUGAGUUUGCUGAGCGUAACGAAGAGAAAAAUGGCGAUGGCAACAACUCAAGUUAAAGGAAGUGGAUGGCCGAGGAGAGCAAGUAAUAGUUCGUUCGAAGGGAAAGUGGUACAGAACCAGUCUGUAACUAUCAACAGGACAGUUAAUUUAUAUCCUUUGACAAACUAUACAUUUGGAACAAAAGAGCCACUCUUCGAGAAAGAUCCAUCUGUACCAGUAAGGUUUCAGCGCAUGAGAGAUGAAUUUGACAAAAUUGGAAUGAGGCGCAGUGUAGAAGGAGUCUUACUGGUACACGAACACGGAUUACCACACGUCCUCCUUCUACAAUUAGGAACAACAUUCUUCAAGUUACCUGGUGGAGAACUAAAUGCAGGAGAAGACGAGGUAGAGGGCCUAAAACGGCUCCUUACAGAGACAUUCGGACGUCAAGAUGGAGUCAAACAAGAAUGGGUAAUAGAAGAUACCAUUGGGAACUGGUGGAGACCUAACUUUGAACCACCUCAGUAUCCUUAUAUACCACCACAUAUCACCAAACCAAAGGAACAUAAAAAGUUGUUCCUCGUUCAGUUACAAGAAAAAGCUUUAUUCGCAGUACCAAAAAAUUAUAAACUAGUCGCCGCACCAUUAUUCGAAUUGUAUGAUAAUUCGCAAGGUUACGGACCUAUCAUUUCGUCUUUACCACAGUCACUUUGCAGAUUUAAUUUUAUCUAUAUGUGAAAGAGAAAGUAACAUAAGUGAGAAAGUGAAGUAAUUUUAUUUAAGUUAACAGAAACUACUAUAAAUACAUGUAUGUAUGAGAUGACGAAUGAAACGGCAAAAAAAGACUUCUGUUCUAUGUAUAAUAUGACGUGCACUAAAAAUUAAAUCAUUUUUUAAGUAGUACUUAUACAAUUCAUUCGCACUUUUAAUCUCUAAUCCUUGUAUUUACGUCAUUUUUCCACUGUAUGCUUACCGAUAGCACGAUUAAAUCAACAUUUACUCUAAGAUGUAUAUAUAUAUAUUGUUAAACCUUAUCGUUUAUAUGUAUAAUUGUGAAACGUUUUAACUUUAUGUUAUGAAUUCUAUCAAAAAAAGUAUUGAAUUUAUUAUACAUAUAAUUUUAUGACAAAUGUAAUUUUG